GGCCAGCCCUCCAACUCGGCCCCCUGCCGCGCCCACCGGCCUUUCCGCCACCUGGACCCCACCAUCUGCCGACAGCCCCGAGUCUCAGUUCGCCUAUGGUCGUGGUGCCACCAGGCCGAAAACAAGGGUCUCCGUGCUGUGGCACCAGAGCCGUCAGGAUGUUUCACGGGAUUCCAGCCACCCCAGGCAUGGGAGCUCCCGGGAACAAGCCGGAACUGUAUGAGGAAGUGAAGUUGUACAAGAAUGCCCGAGAGCGGGAGAAGUAUGACAACAUGGCAGAGCUGUUUGCAGUGGUGAAGACGAUGCAGGCACUGGAGAAAGCAUACAUAAAGGACUGCGUCACCCCCAAUGAGUAUACUGCAGCCUGCUCCCGUCUCCUGGUCCAGUAUAAAGCUGCCUUCAGGCAGGUUCAAGGCUCAGAAAUCAGCUCCAUCGACGAAUUCUGCCGCAAGUUCCGCCUGGACUGCCCGCUGGCCAUGGAGAGGAUUAAAGAGGACCGACCCAUCACCAUCAAGGAUGACAAGGGCAACCUCAACCGCUGCAUCGCAGAUGUGGUCUCGCUCUUCAUCACAGUCAUGGACAAGCUACGCCUGGAGAUUCGCGCCAUGGAUGAGAUCCAGCCUGACCUGAGGGAGCUGAUGGAGACUAUGCAUCGCAUGAGCCAUCUGCCCCCAGACUUUGAGGGCCGCCAGACAGUCAACCAAUGGCUGCAGACCCUCAGUGGCAUGUCAGCCUCUGAUGAGCUGGAUGACGCCCAGGUACGCCAGAUGCUCUUCGACCUGGAGUCAGCCUACAACGCCUUCAACCGCUUCCUGCACUCCUGAGCCUCCAUGUGGCUCACAGGAGAUGUGGAGGUAGCAGCCUAACAGGGAUGGUUCAUGGUGUCUUUUUGCAAUGUGUACACCUGCCCAGGACAUCUCCGUGAACCUUGAUGUCCACAGACGCCUGCCCCUGUGCUGUCAGGACUCACCCCCAAUAAAGAUGCUAUCUUCCUGCC